UGCCGGAUGGUGGACGUGCACGGCGUGCAGGUGGCGUCGUUCACGGUGGACGGCGCGGAGCUGGUGUGCCUGCCGCAGGUGUUCCAGCUGUUCCUGAAGCACCUGGUGGGGGGGCUGCACACCGUGUACACCAAGCUGAAGCGCCUGCGCAUCAGCCCCGUGGUCUGCACCGUGGAGCAGGUGCGCGUGCUGCGCGGGCUCGGAGCCAUCCAGCCCGGAGUGAACCGCUGCAAGCUCAUCAGCAGACCCGACUUCGAGACUCUGUACCGGGACUGCACCUGCGCCAGCUCUCGUCCAGGUCGGCCUCCUAAGAGAACGCUGGGCGUGGCCUCCAUGACUGAAGGCUCCAGGCUCCUCCCACACAGUCUGCUAAGCCCCACCCUGCUGUCUCAGACAGGGCUGACAGCGGCGGCAGCGAUGGCCGAGGUUCUGAGGCUCCAGAAGAUGCGGAUGAUGAUGCGUUUCCAUGGCAGCGGUGAUCAGCAGCGACACCACAGCAGAGCCGAGUCGGAGAACGAGGACACGGGAGGUAGCAAAGGAUCCUGGGAAAAGGAGCAGCAGCUCCUCUCUCCUCCCCCCUCAGUUGUAGCGCCUCCUGCUGGUUCGGCAUCCCUACACUUCAACACUUUGCAGCAGCAGAGCUCGCUGUUAGCCAACCGCCUGUCAGACCUUCCAUUUAUGGUUAUGCCACAUCCCAUCCUCCCUGUGGGCUUGCCUCCUGCCAAUGUUGCUAUGGCGAUGAAUCAGAUGAGUCAGCUCAGUGAUUUAGCAAACAUGGCUGUUGUGUCACAGGUCUACACAGAAGAGAGCAAGGAGUCUCCUCUAGGUAGCCCCUCCCCCACUCCCAGCGACGAUGAGCUCCACCCACAGGAACCAACCAGCCGAUCGCCUUCUAGGGCAUCUUCAUCAUCGUCAUCAUCACCCCUUCCACCAGCACACACACCAGAGCUGGAUGGGGAGCCAGGAAACUUCAAACAGGCUUUGAAAGAAAAAGAGGACAGCCUGCUGCCCCUCUCCCUCAUCAAACCAACCUAUGAGAAGCUGGCACUCACCUCCCAGUCACUGUCAAUCAAACACACAAACCCCGCCUUUGCUCCGUUCCUAUUGGCUGAGGGUCUGUCAUCGAUGGAGACGCUGCUGACCAACAUACAGGGUCUCCUGAAGGUGGCGGUGGAGAGCGCUCGCUCUCAGGACAAACACAACCAGCAGGAGAGGAAAGAGUUAAAACUGGAGCUGGAGAGAGAAAGGGACGCCCGACAGACGCUGCAGAGACAGCUGAGCUCCGAGCUGCACACCAGAGUGUCGAUCCAGCGGAGGCUGAAGAAGGAGAAGAAGGCAAAGAGGAAGCUGCAGGAGGCACUGAACUUUGAGUGGAGGAGGAGAGAGCAGGUGGAGCGAGCGCUCAAACGCUCGGACGGCCUCACAGAUGCUGUGACUCCGGAAAGCGAGCUGGAGAACACCCAUCAGGAGAACGCUGCAGCUCACGAGCACCGAGUGUUCACCAAACCCCCGCUGCUCUUCUGAGACGCUCGCUGUGACAGAGGAGGAGAAAACGACUCCCAUCAGCCACCUGUCUGCUAAUGGACAGAGCACAGAGGACAAUGUGAAAGGGGCGGGGUUUCAGUGUGAUGUCAGUGGGUGAAAUGUGACCUCACGAGGAAGCUCUGCCCCACGGGAUCUGCUCCUGUGACUAAUGUGAAAGUGGGUGUGAACUGUUACCUGACGGGGGCGGAGUCACAGCUGGACGUGUCUGAUGUUUAGAAACUUUGACGGUGACACAGGUGCGCUCCGGUCUUAACGAGCUUAACGAGGCGGCCGUCCCACUCUGCUCUGAUUUACUUUAUUUUGUUUACUGUCGUUUGUUUUUGUUUUUUAUGAGUGAAAAAAUGAAAACGAAUCAGUGACGAGUUGAAUUCAGUUUGUUGUCGUUAACCACACAGAGCCAGGAACUCUGCUUUUGUCUCACUGCAGGAAGCUGAUGUUAUUGAUUAUCGAUUUUGGUCCUGAAUGUUGUUUCUGAUCCACCUGCUGCCGACCAAUCACAGGGCUUCCUCCUGCUCCUGCAGCCUGAUUGGCUGUGUCAGCGUCUGUAACAUUUUACCUUGAUGAAAAUAAAAGAUGAAUCUUCAUAGCUGUCGUGUCCCUGCGUCCUGCUGUGACUGAAACACAGAACCAGCCCGGGUCAGCGCUGACAGGCUCGUAGGUCCAAAUGAUGCUCCACAGAGAGCUGAUGAUGAUGAUGAAGGUCAGAGGGAGAAUGAUGAAGGAACACACUCAAACAGCUU